GUAAUGAUAAAAUAUAGACGGUGGUGUGGAAUGUGUUAUUGAAUAUUAUGUUAAAUACUUAUUAUAAAAUACAUUUUUAGUAGAUAUAUAGUAAAUAUAGGUAUGUGGUGAAAAAUUUUAAGACAUCGAUUUAAAAAAAAAACUAUCGAUUAUUAUGUUACGUAAAAACUUGUAAUAAAAGAACUCUUAUCAGUUCAAAUUAUGUUAAUACGUCUUGUGAGUUGUGCUAUUUGCUGUUAAAUACUAAUUCAAGUGAGAUAUUAUCAGAGUUGAAAUUUGGAAAUUAUAAAAAAGGUACAUUUUGUAGGUGAUCCGUAUUGGAAGUUUGCUUUCAGUAUUAUUCUACAUUGUUUUAUAUUAGUGAAUUGGUUUGCCAUAGUAAGGCAACCAUUGUUUAUUUCAGAACCGACCAUUAAUUAUGGAUACUACAUCAAGAAACAACGAUAAUUUAACAGAUAGUCGUUAUUUUUGCCAUAGCUGUGAUGCAGAAAUAGGAUCUGUAACUGAUGAUUUUAAAUGCCCAACAUGUAAUAUGGGAUUUAUUGAAAAAGUUGAUGAACAAACUAGACCAGAAGAACCAGAUGAUGAAGAUAUGGAAUUUGCUGAUGUACAUUUUAUGGUAAACGGUAUGUUAGGUGAUGGUGAAGUUGGAGGAAGAAGGAGAUCGAACAUACGACGCCGUAGAUUUACAACCAGAGCACCUCAUAUGAUGACUUUAACUCCUGGAAGAGGCCCUAGACGUAGCUCAGGAAGUACUAUUGAAAAUUUAGUGGAAGAUGUUAUAGUUAAUUUUGCUGAUUAUGCCAACUCUCGUGGGGCUACGGGCCCAGUUAGUCGAUUUUUGCUUGGUAAUCCUGGAGAUUAUGUGUGGGGAAGAGAUGGAUUGGACUCUAUUGUCUCUCAAUUGUUAAAUCAAAUAGAUGGAGCUGGACCACCCCCUCUAACUAAAGAAAAAAUACAAGAAAUUCCAACUGCUCUCAUUUCCCAAGACCAUUUGGAUUCCAAACUUCAAUGUUCUGUUUGUUGGGAAGAUUUUAAAAUUGAAGAAAAAGUAUUAAAAUUGGCUUGUGAACAUAUGUACCAUAAUGACUGUAUAACACCAUGGCUAGAAUUGCAUGGGACAUGCCCAAUUUGUCGAAAAUAUUUAGCAGAUGAUGGUUUAGGUUCCAUAAACUCCGAUCCAUUAAAUGGAAUUAGUUUGGGCGUUGGUCCAAAUUUAGCAGCACUUAUCAGAGCUCGAGGACAGCGAAACAACGAUCCAGUAUGGGGAAUAAACGAUUUUGACUUGGCUUCUACAUCCUCAGAUUGGCCCACAUCACUUAUCAGAUUACAACUGCCUUCUUCUUCAUCUACCCAAACUCCAGCAAUGGCCACAUAUUCAUCUAUAACUGCAAGAAAUCCUCAUGACCCUCGGUUAACUGCUACAUCUACUAACGCCGAACCUAUGGAAACUGAUCAUGAUCAAAAUUUACCAGCUGUGAACAAUGCAAAUAAUUCCUAGUCAUUCUUUUAAUUUUCAAAAAUGUAUCUAGCUAAAUACGACUACUGAUGAAAAUAAUGAACAUCAAAUAUAAUUUUAAUAAAAUAUAUAUUAAAAAUUUCUUCUUGUUCAUCAUUAAUAUUUAUAUUAUAUUUUACAUUAAUAAAUUUGUCAGCGAUUUAUCAUGCAAUAUUUAUUGUAAUAUCAAAUUAUAUGUUUUAUGUAUAUAUUUACAUAAAUAUACAUUUUUUACAUAGCAUUGUAAGCCAGUUUA